GUCCACCCGAAAGCGCAAAUCAUUCAAUAAGAGCUUGCCGGAAGACUUACUCGAUCAGUCUGACGAUGAUCCGCUCGACUUAUUGGAUCGAAGGAAAACAAGAUCGAUCCUACAGUCCACAUCUAAGCUCAACAGGAAAGUUGAAGCUUCUGAAGAUGAGCCAGAAAUCGAUAAUGAUGGCCGACUCAUUGUACGCGACGACUUGAUUAAACCCAAGCAACAGAAAAAUUCUUCAGUUAAAGAUUCUGAAACAAGAAGCUUAUCUAUCAGCCUUAAAUCAGGAAAAUCUUCACGGAGUUCCGAGAAGAAGCGGCAUAAGACGGAGUCCGGCUGGUCUUAUACCGGCGCUGAUUACACGAGCAGAAAAGCUGGUGGUGAUUUGAAGAAGAAAGGUAAGCUCGAGCCCUACGCCUAUUGGCCUCUCGACCGCAAACUUCUGAACCGCCGAGUGGAUCGAAAAGCCGCUGCUCGCAAGGGCAUGGCGACCGUAAUGGUGACAAGAGAUCUUAAGAAACUUGAAGGA